AUGGCGGAUCCUCGAAACGGCAAGUCCUUCUUUUUCUUCUUCUCCUUUUCAAUCUCCCUCGCUUUGCUUUUCAUUUCGCCGUCGUAUGCCAACCAGUCGCCGGUUAUCGUUGAUCCGACUCCGUACGAAACCGAAGAUGUUUCUACCGGUGUAGCUGCUGUGUCGGUCAGUGAAUCCAAUCGACAAGAUGUUCUAUUGCAUAAACUGGAGGAACUCGUUAAGAAUCUGACGGAAUUAGUCGCUAAUCUAGAUGCUAGGUUAUCUGAAACUCUGGAAUCGCCAUUAACGGAGAAGAACGAGAUCGGUAAAUCACUUGACGAAAUCGAAGGAGAGUAUGAGAGAGGAGGAGGAAGAGCUAAGGCGUUUUCGGUGACUAAAUACAGUCCGUUUUGGUCGGAGAGGUUCUCCUUCACAUCAGCCGUGAAACUCGAUUCCGAUGCGACUUGUAUCAAUGUGUUACCCUUUAAGGAUUUCGAAGGUUCGAGCAAAUACUUUGCCAUUGGGGAUUCUAGAGGUACGGUUUAUGUGUUCUUGAGAAACGGUGAUGUUUUGAUUGAGUUUCCCACCACGGUUGAUUCUCCGAUUACAGCUAUGGUUUCGUAUCUAUCGUUGUUCAAGAACUCGAGCUUUGUGGUCACUGGUCAUCAGAACGGUGCGGUUCUGUUGCAUCGGAUCCACGAGGGAUCCAACGGCGAAGAUUGGAACUCGAAUACGGUUUCGAUGGAAAUUGUUGGGAGGUUUGAUGUGGAUGAUUCGGCUGACCCCGUGACUCUAUUGGAAGUUCAUCAUGUGGGUCGGGUUAGGUACAUCUUGGCGGCGGAUUUAAGCGGGAAGCUCACGGUCUUGACUGAGAACCGGACGGUUUAUGGGUCGGUUAUGCCGUCGAGUAGACCGCUCGUGUUCUUGAAACAGAGACUGUUGUUUCUUACCGAGUCUGGUGCUGGUUCGCUGGACUUGAGGAGCAUGAAGAUAAGAGAAACCGAGUGCGAAGGACUGAACCAUUCGCUCGCGAGAAGUUACGUUUUCGAUGCAACGGAACGGUCUAAAGCUUACGGAUUCACAUCAGAGGGCGAGAUCAUUCACGUACUGCUUCACGGAGAUAUAAUGAACUUCAAAUGCAGAGUUAGGUCCAAGAAAAAGUUUCAAAUGGAGGAGCCAGUGGCUUUACAAUCAAUCAAAGGCUAUCUUCUCGUAAUCAACGAAGAAAAGGUUUUCGCUUUCAACGUAUCGACUCAGCAUUACGUUCGAACCGCUGGUCCUCGGCUUCUGUUCUCUGCGGGGUUAGAAGAGAUCAGAUCCGCGUUCUUGAGCCAUCGUCAGUCGUUUUCAAGAACCGUGGCGGCAAAGGCGAGACCUUUGAUAGCUAGCGACCGAGAUAACCUUCUUGUGAUCGGUUUAGGAGACGGUUACUUCGCGGUUUAUAAAUCGAAGCUUACGAGUCUCAAAGGAGACUUCAAUACAAUGCUUUGGAGCAGUCCUGUGUUCUUCUUCAUACUGUUUCUGUUCGGAGCUUGGCAUUUCUUCGCCAAGAAGAAAGAAUCGCUCACCGCGUGGGGACCAGAUGAUCCUUUUACUCCGAUGGCCGGACAGAACAGUACGGCGAAAGAGCCUUCUUUUACGGAGCCUUCUAGAAGAAACGAUGACCUUAUGGAUCUACGUAGAAGGUACGUUGGUGGAUCCGCGUACCGGUCAGUUGGAGCUAACGACCAGAGUUCGAGAGCUCCGGUGGAAGGAAGCUAUAGAACAACCGCACAGGAUCAUAACAACUAUCGUGGCGGCUCUGGUCUUGAUUCGAGUGGGUUUGGUAAUAGAAGAGAUAAUUUGUUUGGUAACAACAAAGUCUUGGACGACGAGAGCUAA